UUUUCAUUUUCAUGCUGUAGUUGUCUUACCAUGAGAACAUGUGUCGCUCACAUAUAGUAACAAGAGAAUCUACUGGCGAGUCACAUACUCAUACACUCGUGCGUCAAGAUGAUGUCACUGUAGGGGGCACAGCUCAGCUUGGGAGAUGGGACACGGAGGUAGACCCAAAAGAUGCUCAACAAAUCUGGGAGAGGGCCUGCAAUGUCAUUCCAAGUCUUAAGGGUGCAAAGAUCAAGAAACACUGGGUUGGACUGAGACCACAGCGUUCUAAAGGAGUGAGGGUAGAAGCAGAAACAUUGACCUAUGGCUCAAAGAAGAUUAAGAUUGUCCAUAAUUAUGGUCACGGUGGAUGUGGAAUUACCCUGCAUUGGGGCUGUGCAUUGGAUGCUGCUACUCUUGUACAAGAACAACUGAUUCCAAGAACUGCAUCUAAACUUUAAUCUCCACUGCACUUCAGCAAUUAUACAUGAACAAGAAGACAUUGGGAGUGUCAAGCAUCCCCCUCCCCAUUUCUUUCCUUGAAAUUGCAAAUUGACAUAUUUCAUUAACUAGGGGCCCUAGUAUUCAUGAAUUCUGUAAUUUGAUUGGUCAAUUUGCCUGAGAAACAAUCCCAUAUUUACUGCACUAUCUUGGUCAAACAGGUAAUAGAAGCCUGUACCACCUGUUUGAGGUUUGGUAUUUUAAUUGUACAACGCCUACAUAGCUUGUUGUGCGCGAGCAAAUGGGAGGCUGAAUGUCGAACGUUCGUACCGUUACACACAAGACGUGCCAUCCAAAGUGUUCCGUUGCACGGCUUUAGGAGGUGACGUCACAAUACGAUUUAAUUAAUUGCGCUCAGCAAAAAUGAAGGUGCAAUACGCGUAUAAACCUGCUGGCUAAAUGCGCAAUGCUGCCCAAGGUCAUGUGCACUUGUGGGAUUUUGCUUUUUACUUUCCAUAUUUUUGCUCCCUUUUCAUAGAUUACUGCAGGGGAAAACUCUUGUUUUUUCAUAUUUUCGAUAAAUUCUGAGGCGUUGUACAACACAAAUAACGAAUAUUCUUAUUCGUGCAAUGGUGCGAGGUUUCACAUUUGGUGAAAGAAAGGGACGCUCUAUUCAGCAUCUUUCUUUCAUCUCAUGCGGAAUCUCGCACCAUCGCACUCAUGCCUAUUCGCUAUUUGUAUACUGUAAUGAUCAUCGUUAUGCUCAUGCCAAGUACUGAUUUAAAUAUCUGAAUAUGAGGCUGUAUUCCGUGGUGUGUACGUAAGCGUAUUCAAGCACCGCACUGCCCACCACUAAUUGCGCAUCAUUCUCAACGGCAAUGCGCACUUUAUAUGUAGGGCAUUGACUGCUUCGCUUUGAAGUGAAUUAUUCCUUUUCUAGAUUUAAUAACAAACUGCAGAGAUGCAGUUGUUAUAUUUGUUAUACCGAGGUUUUUUACCUGACUGCUAAGAAAGCACGAAUGCCUGUGAGCAAGCAACCAGGGGACCAACGGCUUAAGGUCCUCUCCGAGGGACCUGGUAAUGAGGAUAAAUGUCUUACCAAAGGGCACUAGCGCACCAUUUGGAAAGCGAACCCGGGACACCGGAAUCCGAAACCCCCGCUCUAGUUGUGAGUUCUAGUGUCUUGAUUUUGAACAAUAAUAUGGAAAGAUCUUAAGACAUUUAGACAAAGGAUACAACUUUUUUCAUAACAAAUCAAGUUGGUAGCUUUAUUUAGACCCCCUUCCAUAAACCAGGGGCAAAAUUAGAGGUAGACUACUUUGGCAGGGUAAUUGUCUUUAGAAUAUUCACCACAAGCAAUCUGAACAUAAUCAAUAGAUUUUAAAGGUAGCCUACACAGAUGAAAUCAUUUAUUUACAUCCUUGUUCCAUAUACCAUGCGGCUUCUCAUCUCAUGAGAUGUGGAACAGGAAGGCAAACAAGCAAGACGUAACAAAUAAUAUAGAGCAGAAUUUUUCAGGAUAAUUUUAUUCUGUUUUUUUUUUCAUUUUAAUGAAAUGAGAAAAGUGUGUGCAAAAAAAAAAAAAUUGGACCUAUAUGUCAUUUAUACAAUUUAUAAUUUUAUUUUGUGUGUAAAUGUAUGCUAAUCAAAAUAUUGAAGUAGAUUCCACUUCCUCUGCAUCUUUUUCUGUACUUUUUUCUCAUUGCUUUUUUUAGAAUUUUAGAAUAUGAUAUAUGUGAUAGAUGAUAUAUAACUGGUGUGUUGGCUCAGCUAUUAGAGUGCCUGUCUCACAACCAGGAGGUCGGGAGUUCAAGCCCCGGCGUGUCAGACCAAAAGACAUUAAAAGAUGGGAGUUGCUGCUACACUGUUUUGUCGUUCAGCGAUGUUUCAGGCAGAUUGAAUGUCCGUCUUCUAAAGAUGGACAAAAAUAUAAAUAUUAUAAAAUUUGUACAAUAAAAAAGUGAAUAUAAUAGUGAAAUACUGAUUGAGUGAAUGGCAUUAUUGACUCUCAUUUACAUUUCACUGUGUUGUGCAUGUAACUAUUUUUGUAAAAAUAAGCACUUUUUUUAAUUUCAUGAAUUUCUUAUUUUACAUCUGAUUUUGAUGAAAUUUUCAGCAUUGUGCUUGAAAAUUCUUGAUAUUUAGAAUUGAUACCAUUAAAUUACCACAUGUUUUUUCCUAUUCAAUGAUUAAAAAAUAAAUGAAUAAAAGGAAGACCACAUAUUUUAUAUUACUAGGAUAGAUUUUUUUGGGGGUGUGGGGUAAUACAUGUACUGUAUCUGGUGAUCAUUGGUGUCAAAUGCUUAGAUUAAAUCCAUGAAGACACUUGAACGUUAUAGAUUAAUUUUCUCUAUCAAUAUUUUCAAUAAUGUUGAAAUGGAGAGCACCAAGAUGAGUGGAGUCAUUUUUCUGAAAUCAAAUUGCUCUUUAGUUAAAUUAUUUUUUAUGAAGAAAAUAUAUACUCUCAGGUGUAUCAUUAUCAUGAACCCUUCAUGAAUAAUCAGCAAGAGUGUAACGGGUCUUUGAUUUUGUAUAACAUUUUUAUCUUGAUAAAUACAAGCAUUUUUUUAAAUAAAUAUUUUAUCUGGUAAUGAUGUUGAAUAAUAAUUCAAGAAUUUCUAUACAUGGAGAGGAAAAAGUAGUAAUGUGACAAGACAUAACUUGAAAAUGAACGAACAAUGAGAAAUGUCAGUGCUGACAAGUAAAGGUAUUACAGGAAAUUGAUGUAUUUUAUUGGAUCUGCUAUGAAAUGUAUAAUUAUUUAAUUAUCCCAAAGGGAAGUGUAAUCACAGACAAUGUCUCUAAAUGGAUUUAGUUGUUUUUUGAUGGAUUUACCUUUAUGAUACACGUAUGUUAUUGAUAUUUUUGUACAGAAAACCAAGUUUUCUGAGUCAUAUCCAUGGUAUCUUGCACCUGUAUCUUGUAUGCACCUCCAAGUGGCUUCUGAGUUGCCUAGAUUGCUGAACCGAUCCAACUUGGCUCAAUGUACUGAGCUGGGCAUCGGCAAGAUUUUGACUCAUAUAGCAAAGGGAGGUUACCUUUUAUGUGUGUAUUUAGUGAAUCAAAACUUGUAUGCCCUAGCAAAAUAUCUUUCACCCAAACUAAAGCCUUAUUUUUCUUAAAAUCUCUCUCUCAUGUUUAUGAAAGGACUAAUCUAUUGAGAAAUAAAAUAAUGACAGUAAUGUGAGAUAAUUAUAUAAUUUUGAGUGGUGCAUAUGUUAUUUUUUGGAUGAGAGCGCCACUAAAAACUAAACAACAACAGAUAAUGGGUUUUAAUAUAAUGUAGCCUCACUUUUACCUAUUGAAAGGCGAUUGUAAUGAGUUUCACAUAGCAGUUACAUAAUUUCCUAUGUUUCCCCUAUAUUUGCUCAAUACAAGUUUGAACACAUCAGUAAUUUUCUGUUUAUCUUAAUACCAGGGGGUACACAAAUACAGACUAUUCAGAAGAAAAUUUUGUUUAACAAACUAUUAUAUGUAAUGCUUUGGUUAACAUUACAAAGGUUUUGUUGAAAAAAUCAUGAACUUUGAUGUGUGUUAUAUUUGAUGAUAUAAAAAAAAAAAACACUCAGGAAGAGUGGGAAAAAAAUAAAUUCAUGCAUACAAGA